AGAUUUCACACAUAGCAACAGACUGUAGAGUGCUGUCAGCUACUGUGGAUCUAUCUGCCUCCCUCGCAGGCAUUUUUCUUUCUCCUAAAGCUGAGAGACAGAAUGGACAUGGAGCCGACUGUGGGUCCUUAUGAGUACUACGACUACGAGGAGACAGAGAACUCCACCAUGUGUGACUAUUCCGAGUGGACGCCGUCGUACUCUGUCAUCCCGGUGCUCUACAUGCUCAUCUUCAUCCUGGGCCUCUCUGGAAACGGCGUGGUCAUCUUCAUGGUGUGGCGGGCUCAAGGCAAGCGGCGAGCGGCUGACGUCUACAUCGGGAACCUGGCGCUGGCCGACCUCACCUUCGUGGUCACUCUGCCCCUGUGGGCCGUUUACACCGCCAUGGGCUACCACUGGCCCUUCGGAGUGGCCCUGUGUAAGAUCAGCAGCUACGUGGCGCAGCUCAACAUGUACGCCAGCGUCUUCUGCCUCACCUGCAUGAGCUUCGACCGCUACCUGGCCAUCGUUCACUCGCUGUCCAGCACCCAGCUGCGAACACGUGGCCACAUGCGAGGUUCCCUGACGGCCAUCUGGCUGCUGUCCGGCCUCUUGGCUGUACCGAAUUUUUUCUUCCGCACCACCACGUACAACCUAGAAACCAACCGCACCUCCUGCGCCAUGGAUUUCAGCCUGGUGGUGACCAGCAAAGAGCAGGAGACCCUGUGGAUCGCCGGCCUCAGCAUCUCCUCCUCGGCUCUGGGCUUCCUCCUGCCCUUCUUGGCCAUGAUGGUUUGCUACGGCUUCAUCGGCUGCACCGUCACCCGCCACUUCAACAGUCUGCGCAAGGAGGACCAGCGGAAGAGGCGGCUGCUGAAGAUCAUCACCACGCUGGUCGUGGUGUUCGCCGCCUGCUGGAUGCCCUUCCAUGUGGUGAAGAGCGCCGACGCCCUCUCCUACCUGAACCUCUUCUCCACCACUUGUGCCUUCCUGCGCUUCCUGCUGCUGGCUCACCCCUACGCCACCUGCCUGGCCUACGUCAACAGCUGCCUCAACCCCUUUCUUUACGCCUUCUUCGACCGGCACUUCAGAUCCCAGUGCCUGUCUCUCAACCUGAAGAAGUUCUUGCGCUCCAGCCCGGCCAGCUCCUUGUCCUCGCAGAAGACGGAGGCCCAGUCUCUGGCCACCAAGGUGUGACUGAAGGCCUGCAGGUGAGCCGGGGAGGAGGCGGACGAUGCAGAACAAUGCAGGUGAAACUCUGCAGCUCUGGCUGCUCGCUCACAGAUCGUCUGCAGUCUCUUUGCUCCCCUUUGAUUCUGUGGACUACAGGCUGGAGAAGCUUUUUGGCCUCUGAAACUCCAGCCUCAACUUUCAGGAGCAGGGAAGCAAAACUUGAAUACAAGGGGACCAGCGUUGAAAUUGACUUUUAUUGUGUGGAAAACAGUGGAAUGUAUCUCCUGUGGACUGUGUGCAAAGCAACUGAACUCACUUAAUUGACAUGAAAGCAUUUUGUGAAUACAUUUUUUUGGAAUCCAG